AUGAGCGCUGGUCUGCAAGCGCCUCGAGCUGCGAUACGGGAUGUGGAGCGGGCAGUGCUCCUUCCCCUUCCAUCUGGCUUGCCAUUCCGCAAGCACAACAAGCGCUUGAGCCAAGUCGCGCCUCUUGCGCGUCACAGUACCGCGCCAUCACCCUCUGCCACGGUCUUUGCCUUCCCUGCGCAAUGCCGCUGCAGCUCCAGCUCUAGCUCUUCUCGGUCGAUCAUCGCCUCUUCGCAAAGCGCCGCCUCUAUCGCCUCUUCAUCAUCCUCCUCCCCACAAGCGCCCACGUUUCCCCUCCUAGCAUACCCACCUGCAACCCACGCAUGCGGAACUCUGCGACAAUCGCACCUCUCCCAAAGUGUCAGGCUGCGAGGAUGGAUCUCUUCCCUUCGUCCCCUUUCCAAAUCUCUGCUAUUCUUCAACUUGGGAGAUGCGAGCGGAAAGGUGCAGGUGGUGGUGAGGGAUGCGCGUUUGAGAGGUGUGCUGGAGACGAUGAGGGAAGAGGACUGCGUGGUGCUUCAAGGUGUCGUGCAUGGGCGAGGAAAAGAUGCGAGCGAGGUGAGUGCGUCGCUGGCAACGGGUGCCAUCGAGGUAGAGCUGAGUGGCAUUCAAUGUGUGGGCAAGGUGUCGCAGCCAUUGCCCUUCUCCCCUAACGAUGAUCACAGCCUGCCCAACGAGACGUUCAGGCUGUCGCACAGGGUGCUCGAUCUACGUCGAUCGCGCAUGACGCACAACCUUCAGCUUCGUUCCAAAGUACUACACGCAGCGCGCAAUCAUCUUCACUCUUGCGACUUUACAGAGAUCGAGACGCCCAUCCUUUUGCGCAGUUCGCCAGAAGGUGCAAGGGAGUUUCUCGUACCCACCAGGGUCCACCGUUCCGCAUCCGACGCUCCUGCAGGCGCGACUCGUAGCACGCCAUUGCCAUCUCCCCAAUUCUACGCGCUUCAGCAGUCCCCUCAACAACCCAAACAGCUGCUCAUCGCUUCCGGCUCCACUCAGAGAUACUUUCAAAUCGCAAAGUGCUUUCGAGAUGAAGAUGGGCGAAAAGAUCGGCAGGCAGAGUUCACGCAGCUGGAUGUGGAGAUGGCGUUCGUGAGCGGAGCUGCGGAUGCUGAGUUGGAAGAGGAUGGGUGGAGGAUGGGAGGUGGGGAAGUGAAGAGAACGGUCGAGGAGUUUGUGAGGAGAAUGUGGAAUACAGCAAGGGAAUGCGAAGGUGCUGCUCCGAGCGUCAAGCUUCAUCCUUGUCCGCGGCGCUUCAGGGUGAUGCGAUGGCAAGAAGCUAUGCGCCGCUUUGGCUCAGACAAGCCCGAUCUCAGGUAUGGUCUAGAGAUUCACUCUCUGGUAGACGAGAUUGGCCCGCGCGAACUGCAAGCCACGGAAGAUUGGUCGAAGCCAGGAUUGACAGUGGACAUGUUGGUGUAUAGACCAUCUCAAGAGGCGCAUUCGCUCAGUAAUAAGGCGCUCGCCGACGUCGUGCAAAAGGAAAGCGGGAUCGAGGCGUACAAGUGCAAAGCUUCGUCGCCCAACGAGGUUGCGUCGGUACUGUUGCGCAAGAGCGCCGCUCUGAGAGCUUACUUGCACGAAGCAGAAAUCGACGCGCAAAAUGUGGAUCCGUCCAUUCUUUGCGACGCUUUCGAACAGGCCUUGAGCAAGGGAGCUCUCCACAGCCAGACGUGCAACGCCGAUGCGCAGAAUGCGGAGUCUCGGCACAGUGACUUGUGCUACGUGUUCGUGGCGGGAAGAAAAGAGCCGCCAGAGGGAGGCGGUACUGCCAUGGGUGAUUUGCGCAAAAGGCUAGCCAGAGAGCUAGAGAACAAGGGCGCGCUUGAGCUGUCUUCGAGUGAACCCGCUUUCUUGUGGGUGACGGAGUUUCCACUCCUCACCCCUUCGAGCGCCGAAGAAGACAAGGCGCAUCUGACGAAAGGAAGAAGAUGGACCAGUACGCAUCACCCCUUCACCGCGCCCAUGGCGCAAGAUCUUGCGCUGCUCUUCGGUUCUGCCGCUCCUUUUUCGUCUUUAGUAGGGGCCCGAGAAGGAGAUGCUGAGGCGAGGGGAUUGGACAGGCAGGAGCAGCUCGCCAGAGUCAGAGGACAACAUUAUGAUCUCGUCCUGAACGGCGCGGAAGUUGGAGGGGGAAGCGUCCGUAUACAUUCCAAAGAGGUGCAAGAGUGGUUGAUGAGCGAGGUUCUUCAGUUGACGACGGAAGAGAUCGCCCGCUUCUCGGCUCUGCUCAACGCUCUGUCCGUAGGUGCUCCACCUCACGGAGGCUUUGCGCUAGGCGUAGAUCGCUUCUUGAGCAUCCUGAUCGGUUCGCAGAGCAUCAGAGACGUCAUUGCUUUCCCAAAGACGGGAGGUGGAGGAAAAGGAUUGCUGGAUAUGGUCUUUGAGAGCCCGGCCAGGUUGUCGGAGGAGGAAGAUGAGGUGUUGAGCGCGUAUGCGCUCAGGACGCUCGAGAAGGAUCAAUGAAUGGAUCGCCCCUCACCAUUUCGUUUACCGAGCAUGUCAUGUGAAACGCACGCAUGCAAUCAUCCACGCUCCCCCCCUCUGCCCACCCCAGUCGCGAUCUGCUGACUGAAGGCAGACGCGGCUUACAGAAUGUUGACAAUCGGAUGGUCCACAGCGCACGCACCACAAUCCACACCGCAGAGCACAAACAGUCGAGCAACGAAUUUGAUUCGAUUUUCUCGCUAACCCGUUCU